UGUGACAUAUUGUAUGAGCGCUUCGUUUGCUCGACAUACCGGAAGUUCAAGAGUUAUGGAAGGGAGAUAAUUCAUUUCAAGAUGACUUUCUUUCGACGCAUUCGAGGGCGCCAUGUAGGAGUGCUAUGUGUAGCAGCAGGAGUACCUGCCCUGGCCAUUCCUACUGUCCAUGCAAGCAGUGCUUCAGAGGGUAACAAAGUCAAGAUCUCACAGCUCCCUAUGUAUGAUGUGCCAGAGAAGAAGUGUGAAUACACCUAUGUAGAGGCUCCACCAUCUAGUCUCCAGGAGUCCAUCUCCACUGUCAGACAGGCAGUGUGGGACUAUCUAGACUCUAUAAAGGACACAACAAGUUCCGUGAAAGACAAGAUACAGAUUGGCAAGGCACACACAAUGGAAUUUGUGACCUACAUACAGGAGGACCCCAGUAUUCUGCCCAAAGCUAGUGUUAUUACAGUGGCCGGACUUGGAGGGGUUGUGGCAGGCUACAGAGGUGGAUUCCUGCGGAAGAUCGUCCUUAGUGGAAGUGCAAUGACUGCAGCCGCGGCACUGUGUUACCCUAAUGAGGCUGUUACCAUGUCAACACAAGCAUAUGAUGAGGUGUAUGGCUACGGUCGGUCAUUGUGGGAGGGUGACUCAUCCGCAUCUGAUUCUGGCUCAGCCCAACAGGUGAAGCCAGCCAGUGAAGUUAGCCAAGUGAAGCCACCAAGUGGCAGCCAGGUGAAGGUGGACCCAAGCCUGCAGGAUCACGGACAGUCAAAGGCCGAGGACAAGGACCUCUACACCACUAGGGGGAGCAAGUGAUGACAUCAACCAUUAAUACUCUGUAGUGACGAUGUGAAUGUGUAUAAAAUAUGUACAGUG